GCUGAGAUGAGUGCAGAAGCUGGGAAGAAGCGUGGUCAUGCUCCUUCCUCUGGGGACAGGAAGGCCAAGAGGAAGCCUAAGAGAAAGGAAACCUAUUCAGUCUACAUCUACAAAGUACUGAAGCAGGUGCACCCUGACACCAGCAUCUCCUCGAAGGCCAUGAGCAUCAUGAACUCCUUCGUCAACGACAUCUUCGAGCGCCUGGCGUCGGAGGCGUCGCGCCUGGCGCACUACAACCAGCGCUCCACCAUCACCAGCCGCGAGGUGCAGACGGCCGUGCGCCUGCUGCUGCCCGGCGAGCUGGCCAAGCACGCCGUCUCCGAGGGCACUAAGGCCGUCACCAAGUACACCAGCAGCAAGUGA